AUGUGCAGGUACAAGGAGAGAUUGCACACAAAGUAUCUGAAAGAAAAGAAGAAUAAACAACAACUAUCUGGGGCACUAAAUGGCUCUCGAUGGCGCUUUUUAAAAAACGGAAUGGAUGAUUUCCGAGAUGGCUACUCGCCUCUUAGAGGGGAGGAUUAUUUUAUUCCGAAUCAGAAGGGCCCUCGCCCUGUUGUUCAUGGUGAGCCAGUCACUUUGAAACAACAGCCAAGAAAGAGAUUCACCAAAGAACAGGUCUGUUACUCAAAGAAGAGCCCGUUACAGCAGGCUCGCGGUGAGUACAUCGAGGAGAUUGAGUAUGGCCUUACCCAGCACCCCCUGGCUCUCUAUCCACACCUGGAAGAAGGGCUGCCUCCAGAGCUUUUUGAGGAGGUCGUGGAUAUCCUUGACCCUGAGAUGCACUUGAGUAGCGAGAUUGGAUCCUGCAGAGCAGACUCUGCAAAAGAGCAGGAAGAAAUCUCUUUUCCGGUGGCCACUUGUGACAAAAGCAGCCCCGGUGAUACUGUGUUUCAUAUUGACUUUAGAAGUGAAGACUCGAAACAUAAAAACCCGUACAUGUGGCUUCAAGACAAGGAAGAUGCGGUGAAGGAGGAUAAGAAAAUGAAGAUUAAACGCCUUCCAUCUCCAUCCCUUGAUGAGGACAUAAAACAGAUCACUAAGGAGUUUUGCGAAUGGGUGGCAUCCUUGGGUGGAGAGAGUAAUAACCUAGAUGAGUCCACUCUCAUGAGCCUCUUUGGCAGUGGGUAUGAGAGCAAGCCUGCCCUCACAGUACCUAUCCAGGUUGUGGAGCUGACCAAUGUGCCUGCAGAGUUAAGAAUAGCUGUCGGAGAAUUUCGACCACUGACUGACACUAAAUCACAGUUUGAAAAGGAUGAUGAAAUACCAAUGAAAUCUUCUUACCAUCCAAGCUGGGUUAAGGUGAAGUAUGGAGCCUGGUAUCUUGACCCAGAGACAUGGAAGAAAAGAAAUGCAGAUGAACCACUCAAAGACCCUAAUGAUGUUCAUGAAGAAAAACUGGACAAAAUGCAUAAACUUAGUGAAAAGGAUGAAGAGUUAAUGCAGCUGCAUGGGACACACACCUUCAAAGAGUUUAUUCUAAAUAAGGGGGUCAGAGAGCCUGAGUUCCUUAAGAAGAUCUUCUGGCAAGAGGAUGGAAAUGGAAAAGCUCAGAAGGAUAGUAAAAGAGGAAGUAGAAAGGACCACGACAGAGCUAUAUCUGCAACAACACAAGCUGGAACAAUUGUCUAUUAAGGACUUCUUUAUUAGUUGUAUUUGUAAUGUUGGUGUUCUGUUUGAUAGAAAUGACAUGCUUGUUUAUUGUAUUUUCUUAUUCCUAUGUUUUAAUGCAUAUGGAUAAUCAGCUGCUGUUUUACAGGUAUUCCUCACCUUAAGUUAGGUUCAAUAAAAACAUUGCACACACUUAAGGGGGGGGGGGGGUCAUUACAUUCACACAAAUAUUCUACGAUUUGUAUAAAAUCAUCAGUUUAUCUAGAAUGUAUUAUUCCAGUUUGGGAUUAUACUUACAGAGAUAGGUACAUGUGCUGCAUAGUGAACACAUACAUCAUCAUCGGAGGUUGUGUUAUUUUUAUAUGAAAUAUUUGGAAGUCAAGCUUCAGACAAAUAAAACCUUUUUUUCUGGAGCAUGCUAUUUUUUGAGCUGUAAACUGAGGUUUUGGAUCUGCAGUACUGCUGCUGCUUAAUAACUGAAUACCUUUCAAGGCAAUGCAUAAUUAGUUAGCUUGUUACAGUGCCAUACAGUGGAAGUAACGUCUUAAUGGAUUGUACCGGUCUAUUCAAGUGUUCCACAAUGAUUUCAUUGAUAAUAAAUUCAACAAAUUCAUGCCGUGCUAGAGCGGGGCUUUAAUGAACCCUAAUAUUAGUAAUAACGACGUCCUAUUAACCUUAACGCAGAUAUGUGUUGUUACGAUUAUGUUUUCUACUUUAUUGAACACUGGUAUGUUGAAAAUAUAUAAUGUGCUUUUAUGAACUUGAAUA